CAAGAGAACAGCUCACAGAGCAACUCAUUCAGAAACUUUGGAUUAUAUCCCUUCCUGCAAGAAAUCUCUUUGGAUUAUCCCUCUCGCAACAGGAAACGGUCCAGAAUGGAGUUGGCUUACACCAUCGUGCUCCUCAUAAGCUAUCUGACCUUCCUUGGCUCCGUCAUGGCAAGAUUGGAAGUCAGUCUAGGAGACAAAAAAAAGUGGAAUCUAAUUUAGGAUGAAUCGAAUAAAGAGAGACUUGAUGGCACAGCUACAAAAUGAUGCAAUGAUUGAAGGUUCUUUUGUCAGAACAGAAGACACUAAGGAUUCUAUGGUGCCUCAAAGCAGCAAUGGCGCCCAUAUCCGCGUGAAGAGAUACCGUCACAGCUUCAGCAAUUACCCUCAGAUUUCCUACAGGGGUUGCAAAUUUGGCACUUGCAUCGUUCACAACUUGGCCAACCAGAUCUACCAGUACACACUGACAAGGACAAGGACAGCACAGCACCAGCCAGAAAAAUCAGCUCCCAGGGCUAUGGCCGCAGAGAGAAGGUCUGUUCCUGAGAGAAGGCUUCUUCUGCCUGUAGUUGAUGGUAAAAUCCAACCAUGGUGGAUCAGCACCAGAAGUACAAAGGGCAAAACCCAGCAGCCCUUGGACAUUAACGUAGCAUCUAUGCAGCAAGAAAGCAGCAUAUUAAAGACCAAAGACAAACUGUUCCAGACCUUGUUGAGGACUUAA